AUGCCAGACACAUCCAGCAUAUCUCAGUAUCCAUUAAAGGUGAUAUUUGCAAUUCAUUUAGUGCUAGUAACAUGGGGUAUUCAGGGAAACUGGUGCCCAAAAUCAGUGAUGUUUUACAAUUUCCUGUUCUUCAUCUGUUUGUUAUGGGCCAUUCACCAUAUCGAAUCAGAUGAACCAUUACAAUUUGCCCUAUUCAUAAAUGUAAUUUCUAUAUUUUUUGACGUAGUAACGUUAGCAGUUUAUUUUCCGACAAUACAAGAUGUACCUAUCUGUUUGUACGAACUUGGAGGUGCAUCUGAGAAGUUUAGUGCAGCGAUUAUGAUCAUAAACAUGAUCGCGCGUGCCUUGACGACCCCGUGCCUACUGAAAAUAGGCCAAAAGAGGGGCGGAUGGUUAGCAACAAUGUUCACGCAGAGUCCUGCAAUGGGUUUUGGUCGACAUGAUUAUGAGGACAUAUCUCACCCGAUUCCACAAAACUCUGACUUUGCUGGAAUCUAAGGACCUAACAUGACAAUUUAUAAAAUUUGAUAUCGAUGUAUAACACAUUUUUGUUACAUCUGUUUUAAUAAUAAGAUAUAUGAGCACGCAUAGUCUGAAUAUUCAGAUCUAUUUUUCAGAACGAAAGUUCCACAAGGUAGAAUUGUUAACAAUGAGGAAACUCUUUACGAAAACAAACUGACAAAAGGUGAUUACAGUUUUUUGUAGACACAUUGCCUGUUUUCGGAUUGUACUAUGGCAAUAAAACAGACAAUGAAACGAGGCUUGUUGUACCUGCCAUUGUUAUCUGCUUGUCCAUUUACAAUAAUAGCGAACUGUACCA